AGAGACCUAUAGAGAGAAGAGAGAGAGAGAGAAAGAGAGAGAGAGAGGGUUCGACUCGCUCCCCCCACACUCCUCUUCCUCCUCUUCCAACCCUCUCCAUCCGUCCUCCCCGGCAGACGGAGCAGACCUCCGGGAAGGCAGCGUGGAUUUUAACCCUCCUUGCAUCUGUGUGAAUGGGAAUCAGCCGCACCGGCAGGAGUGAUGGAGACUCUGCCUUCAUAGUUACUGGAACUUAUUUCUCAUCCCGAAAAGAAGGAAACUAACCGCGUGCGUGUCAAUUUGGGAUUUUUCUUUUCUUUUUUUUUCUUUUUGGGAUCCAAGCCCGAUCGGGGAGGGUUAUUUUGGGGAGAGGAGAGGUUGUUUUACCCCCUCUCUCUCCUCCUCAUCAUCCUCCUGACUCACCAUCCCGUGGGCUUUUUUUCUUAUUAUUUUGAGUCUUAAUUGACAGUUGGAUUCUGAGGAGGAUUUUCCCAAAAGAAAAAAUCAAACAGCAUCAGGGUUUGCGGGUGUCUGUUCCUGUGGUUCCUCGGGCUCAUCGGGACUGGAGCAGGGCAGCAUGGAGCAUGGAUGUAUUGGUGAUGUUUGGGAGGUGCUGGUGCGGAGGAGGAGGAGGACAGGAAGAUUCUACCUGCUGCUGCUCUGCUGGCUGCUGGCUGCUCUCACCACAGCGCACGCCUCAGAUGCCUCCUCAACUUCCUCCUCCUCCUCAUCACCUAGUCUCGGAGGUUUUGUGGACUUCACUUUCACUGUGGAGCCUCAGGACACGGUUACGGUCCGAGGUGGCGUAUUGCAGCUCGACUGCCAGGCGCAGUCUGAUGCAGUGGUGGGACCUCCCACCAUCAUAUGGCGUAAGGACGAUGUGCUGCUGAGCACGGUGGUGGACGAGCGGCGGCAGCAGCUGGCUAAUGGCUCGUUGCUGGUGCAGAAUGUUGUGCACUCGCGGCACCAUCGACCUGAUGAGGGUGAAUACCAGUGCCUCGCUACACUGGACGGACUGGGGAGUAUCGUUAGCCGGACUGCCAGGGUCACUGUGGCGGGUCCACUGAAGGUGGUCGUCCCCACCGAGUCCGUCUCCUCAUACCUCGGCGAUACCGCCCUGUUGCGCUGUGAGGUAUCGGGUGACCCGACGCCUGUCAUCCGCUGGCAGAAGAACCGGGAGGACCUGCCGCUGAUGUUUGACCCCGAUUCACGCCUAGCGGUACUGCCAUCCGGCUCGCUGCAGGUCAGUCGCGUCCAGCCGCCAGACUCAGCCACGUACCGCUGUCUGGCUGACAACCCCGGCAGCACCAGGACGGGAACGGAUGCCGAGCUCCGAGUGCUCCCAGAGCCUGGGGUGAGCAGGAACCUGCAGUUCCUCCAGCGUCCAUCCAGAGCAUCGGUCCUGCUGGGAACUGACGCCGUGCUGGAAUGUGCUGCUUCGGGAUACCCAACACCGAGCAUCCAGUGGAGAAGAGGAGAGGAACUUAUCCAGAGCUGGAAUAAGAAGUACUCUCUGCUGGUGGGCAGUAAUCUGAUCAUCAGGAGUGUCACUGACGACGACUCUGGCAGUUACAGCUGUACAGCCACCAACAAGAACCAUAACAUCACUGCACACACAGAGCUGAGUGUACUGGUGCCUCCUCAGUUCCUGAACUACCCGACCAACACGUACGCCUACGAGUCCACAGACAUUGAGCUGGAGUGUGCUGUGACAGGAAACCCACCGCCAACUGUCCGCUGGAUGAAGAACGGGGAGGAAGUCAUCCCUAGCGACUACUUCCAGAUAGUGGAUGGCAGUAACCUGCAGAUUUUGGGUUUGGUGAAGUCGGAUGAAGGAUUUUAUCAGUGUGUAGCUGAAAACUCAGCUGGCAGCUCGCAGGCGAUGGCUCAGCUGCUGCUCCGAGAGCCAGUGUCCCCCAGCCCAGGCGUUGCCCUCCCCUCUGCCCCCCGCGACCUGGUCCCUGUCCUAGUGUCCAGCCGUUUUGUCCGACUCAGCUGGCGCCCCCCAGAGGAGACUGGAGGAGCCGUGCAGACCUAUGGUAUUUAUUAUUCCCAGGACGGAGUCGAGAGGGAGCGGUCAGUGAAUGUGUCGGAGCCAGAGUCUCUGGAGUUGACUGUGUCCAAUCUGAAACCAGAGGAGAGCUACAGUUUCAGAGUCAUUGCUUACAACGACGUGGGCCCAGGAGAGAGCUCCGCCCCCUUGAGGAUCACCACCAAGCCUGACCUCCAGGUUCCCAGCAGGGUGGAGUCUCUCCAAGCUGAGGCUCUGUCUCCCACCUCCGUCCAGGUGAGCUGGGAGCCUCCCAGCCAACCAAACGGCCCCAUCCUGGGCUACAGACUGCUGUGGACCGAGAGCCCGUCGGGCAAGGAACAGAGUGUGGAGGUGAGCGGACUCAACUACAAGAUGGAGGGACUCAAUAAAUUCACAGAGUACACAGUUCGAGUUUUGGCAAUCAACCGCUACGGACCAGGCACUGCGCCAGAAACCAUCAGCGUCACCACCCAAUCAGACGUACCCAGCGCUCCUCCCCAAAACAUCACUUUAGAGGUCGUCCUAUCCAGGAGCAUCAAGGUGUCAUGGCAGCCACCUCCGCGCAGCACCCAGAAUGGCCUCAUCUCUGCCUACAAGAUCAAAUACAGGAAGACCGGUCGCCGGGGAGACCAAGAGGCAAUCGAACCCAACAACUUCUGGUACCUGUUCACAGGUCUAGAGAAGGGCAGUCAGUACAGUUUCCAGGUAGCAGCUAUGACGGCCAAUGGAACAGGUCCGGCCAGCGACUGGUACACUGCUGAGACGCCAGAGAAUGACUUGGAUGAGAGUCAGGUGCCCGACCAGCCCAGCUCUCUGCACGUCAGGCCACUGCCCAACAGCAUCAUCAUGUCCUGGACUCCGCCGCUCAGCCCAAACAUCCUAGUUCGAGGCUACAUCAUCGGCUACGGAGUGGGGAGUCCCUAUGCCGAGACGGUCCGAGUGGACAGCAAGCAGAGAUACUACUCCAUCGAAAACCUUGAGCCGAGCUCGCACUACGUGAUUUCCCUGAAGGCGUUCAAUAACGCAGGAGAGGGAGUCCCUCUGUAUGAGAGCGCUGUCACUCGAUCUCUGACAGACCCCAUUGACCCAUCUGAGGAUGACCUCUUCCACCUCUUUGAUAAAUACCCCACUCCCAUGCCAGACACCAGCACUCCCAUGAUCCCCCCGGUAGGGGUCCAAGCCGUGGCUCUGUCCUCGGACUCAGUCCGCGUCUCCUGGGCCGACAACUCCAUGACCAAGAACCAGAAGGCGUCUGAGGUCCGGUACUACUCCGUCAAAUGGAAGACCAGCUACUCCACCAGUGGCAAGUACAAGUCUGCAGACACCACAGCGCUCAGCCACACUGUCACCGGCCUCAAACCAAACACCAUGUAUGAGUUUGCUGUCAUGGUAACCAAAGGUCGCAAGUCCAGCACCUGGAGUAUGACGGCACACGCCACAACAUAUGAAGCAGCUCCUAGCUCCGCUCCUAAAGAUUUGACAGUUAUCAGUCGUGAGGGACGACCCCGCGCCAUCUUAAUCAGUUGGCAACCACCAAUGGAGGCUAACGGACGAAUCACAGGUUACAUCCUGUACUAUACGCUGGAUAAGAACAUGCCAAUAGAUGAUUGGGUGAUGGAGGCGAUUACAGGUGACCGGCUGACCCAUCAGGUUGUGGAUCUGAACCUCGACACGGUUUAUUACUUCAGGAUCCAGGCCAAGAACGCCAAAGGGGUCGGCCCACUGUCUGAGCCCGUCCACUUCAGGACUGCCAAAGUGGAACAUCCAGACAAGAUGGCCAAUGAUCAAGGUCGAGGAGGAGACCAUGCCUACUGGCCGUCUGACACCAAUCUAAUUGACAGGAGCAGCAUUAAUGAGUCUCCCAUUGGUCAGAUGCGUCCACCUCAUGGCAGCGCCACGCCUCAAAAGAAUAGUAACCUCCUGGUCAUCAUCGUGGUUUCGGUGGGAGCUGUCACCGUGGUCGUGGUCGUCAUUGUGGCGCUCAUUUGCACCCGGCGCUCCUCCGCCCAGCAGAGGAAGAAGAGAGCUAGCCACAGCGCCAGUAAGAGGAAGGGCAGCCAGAAGGAUUUGCGACCUCCUGACCUUUGGAUCCAUCACGAGGAGAUGGAGAUGAAGAACAUGGAGAAAGCUCCCAGCGUCGCUCCGACUGGACGCGAUUCGCCCAUCCAGUCCUGCCAGGACCUUCCCCAGGUUGCACACAGCCAAUCAGAGAGCCAGAUGGGCAGCAAGAGCAGCCACUCAGGGGCAGACGGUGACGAGGCGUCCAGCAGUAUCUCUACUCUGGAACGUUCAAUGGCUGCCAGGAGGGGGACACGAGGCAAAAUGAUGAUACCUAUGGACUCACAGCCGAGCAACACACCGGUGGUUAGUGCCAUCCCGGUGCCAGCUCUCGACUCUUCUCAGUAUCCUGGUAUCCUGCCUUCACCUUCCUGCGGCUUCACUCACAACAAGUUCAGCCUGAGGCCGAUGCCUUUCCCAAGUCUGACAGUGGACAGAGGAUACACACCAGCGAUGCCUUCAGAUGCCUCCACCAACCCUCUCCUCCAGCAGCAGCCUCCGCCCCAGCAGGCCCCUCCGCUCCUUCCCGGUUCCUCUGCCCCACCUGGGGAGCAUGUUCCCGGUGUUGGCCCGAUCCCAGGAGCCCCUGCUGCUGCCGCCGCUGAGGAGGCCCAGGCUGGGAGUGGACGGACCAUCCCGACAGCGUGCGUGCGGCCCACCCACCCUCUACGAAGCUUCACCAACCCACUGCUGCCACCGCCUAUGGGGACCAUCGACCCCAAAGUGUACACCUCCAUGAUGCCGCAGUCCAGUGCAAGCCUUCCGAAGCCCCAGGUAAAGACGGCCUCUCUGGGUCAGGCUGGUAAGGCUCGAUCCCCUCUGCUGCCUGUCUCAGUCCCCACAGCGCCAGACUUACCAGAAGAGGGAGGAACAAAACCCGCAGAGGAUUCAGCUGCCAGUGUUUACGAGCAGGAUGACCUUUCGGAGCAGAUGGCAAGUCUAGAAGGGCUGAUGAAGCAGCUCAACGCCAUUACUGGUUCCGCCUUCUAACCUCUGACACCAUCCCAGCCCAUCCCUCGGCCAUGAUCUAGUGUGGAACCCUUCUUCAAGCCUCGACGUCACCUGCUGUCCGUAUGAUAAGGGCGGCAACAGGUCAAUCUGGGUUUGAAGACGCCUCUGUGGAAUCAGACCUCCAUCUGUGCUGGGUUGAGUUUGUUUGGUUUCUACUGGUCUCGGCCAGUGUCUGCUGUUUGGGACCGGGUUAGGAUAGAGGGGAAUCAAACAGAGGACAAACACAACAGCAGCACAGCAUCAACUCCAAGAACAGGACAAGAGUGGAGGGGCUUCUUUAGGAGUUCAAACUGAAACCCCUUUUAGACUCUUCAACCUCAAACACAAAACUAGAAAAACCCAAUGCCUAGCGCCUCGGCUUAAUGACACAGGAUGAUGGGAUUAUCACAAAAAAAGAAGACAAAGUUAUAAGAUCCCUCCUGUUUCUCUUCUUUGUGGUAUUUAUUAGCGUCCUCUUCCGCUGAGUUAUACACAACUCAGUUACUGUGACUGUACCUCACUUAUUUUUCAUGAUCACCGUUGGAAGUAUUCCUUUUGUCUUUUGUUUUCUGUUUGGGUAUUCCAACUUUGUGCAUUUAUAGGAUGUGUAUACGGUUUGAAAAUGCCACCAGAACCUACAGUGACAAAUAGAAACACAUCCUCAGCCACCAAAGUUUCACCAAAACAUAUUUUUUCUUGCCUGAAUCCAAGGUUGCCUGUUGUGGUGACGCAAGGUGAUCAUCUCUGGCAUUUCUUGCCUAUUUUUCCACAAUUUCUCUCUUUUUGUUCCUCCCUUGAAAACCUUAUGAUUUCACUGAACCAAUCAUCUCCCAUAACCCAUGCAGCCCUUCACCUCUGGAUUCUGAGGUUUAAAAAGGGGAUUAAAAAUGUGAUUUUGGCCAGAAAGAAACAAGUGUGAGAACCUACCAGAUCAGUCUGAAACGCCUGGAUCAGAUCCAGCUUACUCUGCUCCUACAGGACUGUAUAGAAAUCUCUAUAGACUCCCACAGUCUGUUGCUGCUCUUGACCAAGCCUUUACUCUCCCUGUCCCAGACAAACUUCAGUCUUUACCGACAAAGACUUGUGUCGUUGCCAAAUUCUCAUCUUGGGAAACUUAUUGUAACCUUCUUUGUUUUUGCUCCUUGUUCAAGUUUAUCUCAAUCCCAACCACAGACUGGACAUCAGUGAAAAGCAGUAAGAUGAUCCAUGUGGAACACAUGUUUUAAGAAAUCUGGAUUUGGAUUGUUAGGACCUAUCACAUCCUGGACAAAUGAAGGUUGGCCUUGGAUGGGGAUUGGUCCUUUUGAGAAAAGUGUUCAAAUUCAGUCUUAACACCUCAUUCACAAUUCGUCAUGUUGCUGUGUAUGUAUGUAACAUUCAAUGCAUUCCCCUGCUGGUUAAAGUACUAAAGAGCAAUCAGAGUCUGUGAAAUGGAGAAAAGUUAAGACUGUAUUCUCGCAAUCCAAUCAACAGGAAAAAAACGUUGGAAUUUCUGCAAACCACUGAUACAUUACAUUUGUACAUUCUUUGUAGCGGAUACAUUAAAACUUUAAAUUUCUCAACAGUGCUGUGGUGAAUGUGGUGUUAGGUUUAGGCAUAAAAAAUACUUUGUUAUGGUUAGGAAAAUAUCACAUUUCGGCUUAAAACACCCAUGUUUGGUAGCUCAAAUACCACUGGGAAACGCUGAAAUGUGUCGGUAAAAAACCUCCACAUUCCCUGACUCAAACACCGCAAUGUGUUAGUGAAAAUCUCCACGUUCAGUGGCUCAAUUGCCACUGGGAAACACAAUGAUGUUUCGGUAAAAAACAACCAGAUUUGGUGCCGGUGGGAAUGCCACAAAGGGUUGCCAAAAAUAAAAACUGGUUUUGUUGGCCUCAGACAUCUGCAGUGGUCUAGUUGUCAUGCCAUCCACUGUCUCCCCCUUUUUCUCCAGAUGAUAAAGUCAGCUCAUAUACUGGGUCACUUUGAAUACGUUGAUAUGCUACAUAUGAAACAAAUAUAUCUGUGGUUUGCAAAAAUCUACAAUGCCAAUAUUUUCUUGUGAUGACUGGGCUGGUUGUUGACUUUUGGGAUACCUGUUCAUGCAUUCACAAAAGACAUUUAAGAGGCACAGUCACUGAAGCAAGGUAAUCGUAAAACAUUAUAAGAAGCAAAACAAUAUGUUGUUAUGCGAAAGAGAUAAUGAAGUCAUAACCACAAGAUAGCAGCUAUCUUAUAAAUAACUAAACUGCAGUCACUAGAUCAAGAUCUCAAUUAUAAAAUCACAGAAAUAUCAUCUUGUUGUAAACAAUGAGUUUGACAUUUGGCAUGACUGUGAUGAAAGAAUUCAUUGUGAAGGAGGUGUAAAAGCAAUGGGAUCAAAGAUCAAGUUAUUACUAGUGGAAUUAUUGUUGUUAUUAUUAUUAUAAUUGAGAUUAGAGAUGGUAGUGGGCAGCCGAUGACGAUAAUAAUGAGAGUGAUCUCUACCAUUGUUUAUUUUUUCAAUUUUGUGCAGUUUGUGUGUUUGACUGCAGGUGAGUGUGUUGUGUUUCUAGCCUGCUUUAUGAUGAAUCCAUAUUUAUUUUUCAUGAGAUAAACACACAUGUACCUCUGUCGACCUUGAUCGCCCAUGUGGGAAAAUUGCGAAACCGCCAGCUUCACUUUGAGUUUACUUCAGGGCGUUCGGUUUUUAUACAAAAAUACGAAGAAAAAGUAACAAAAACAAACACACAAAUGAUGCAUAUUCCACAAAGUAUAUUUUUACAUUCGCUGUCCUGUCAGAACUGCGCUUUUUCAAGUCAGGUUUUUUUAAACACAUUUCCACAGAGAGCUACUUUUAAAGUCAUGAGCCACCAUGAUUCCACCAUAACACAAUUGAUAACCUACAGCCUUUGAUCGCAUCAAAAGGAGUUACAUUUUAUUCAGGAUUCAGUUAUUAACUGGUAUGGAGAGACUCGUUUAUGCCAUUUUUAGUUUUACAUACUUUAAAGAGAGGAAUGAGGAAAAUAUUUGCAAUGAGGGGAUUAAACCUGCAUUGUUGUGGUUUCAGGAUGACCUCUGAGGUCAGUCAGGAUGACAGAACAGGGAGCACUUGCCUUUCGGUUCUUUAAAACAACUAGAUUUGUAUUGACAGCAGGAAAGAAAAAUCAGAUUUGGAGAAUUAGCACGAGAAUUAUUGGGUUGGGAUAUUUUUUGGGAGUGAAAUGGAGAAAGGCAGCAGCUUAAAAUGACAAAUGAUUCCUUAAUCAGCUGAGGGGUAAAGAACAGGCCAUCAGUAUGCUCCAUAUUUGACUGUGUCACCCCAGUCACCAUAUUGUAAUUUUCAGACCUUUAUCUUUCUGUGAUGAAAGGAAAAAGCCUGAGGGAGACAGAGGGAGCGGAGGCAGAGAAGGUGAAUUGAUAUUCAGAGGUGGUUUGUAUGUGCGAGCGAGGGCACGGAGGAAUGAGGCCGGGAAUUCAUUAUAACGCCGUUUCAAAUAUUAUGAUUCAAGCUCACGCUCGCUGGGCUGUUACGGCUGCGGGGAAAAGUCCCGCGGAUGGAGGGGAUGCAAAGGUAACGUCUCUACAGAACGAGCGAGGGGAUGAAAGGUGAAGGAACGCGGGCAAGCGGGCGGUGUGGGGAUCAAACUCAUCAGUGUGUUCUGGAAGAUACAUCCAGUCCGAGCCGAGUGCUUUCAUACCUCUCCAAUCCGCACUUUUCCCCUUUUUGAAAGCAGAGCAGAGCUGCAGACAAGAUGGAAUGAUCCAACGCUGCCAGGCGAGACUGAAAUUAGAUUUAAAGAAAGAAAAUCUGAUUUUAACAUUAAAUUCUAAAUUAAAUGGCCUGUUGACGCAAGAGAUUUCUUCUUUUCAGUGUUGAAAGGGAAAGAAAGAUGAAAGUAGAGAAAAUAAUCAUCAGAAAUAAAUAGUCAUCCUGGUACACAUUUUAACCCAUUAAAAUUAUAUUGAAUAUUUCAUUUUCUAAAUCAUCCAUCAGUUCUUAAAUUGAUUCCUUCCCUCCCGGCGGCCAUUCUUUUAUUUCAUUUAUAUGAAAAUAAACUUGCAGAGUCUUCACACCUGGCCUGGCUCCAGAAAUUUGACACACCACACACAUCUCUGAAGAAGCAAUUCAAAAAGGUCUGGUGGGGUACUCAAUGAAGCAAAUCAGAGCUUUUUAGGGGGGAAGAACUGGAACUUAAGUUUUGACCAUCAUGGAUAAGAUAAACGAUCAACUAACAGGAACACAAAACAUAACUCAACAUAAACUUUUAGAUAACUGCUCUCAGCAGUCAGUAACUACUGGUUAAUGGCCAACAUGAAUGUCAAACUGAAUGACAAAGUGCAAUGACUUUGGUUUCACACAGGACAUUAACUGCAGUCUCCUAGCUCAAAGUGUCUUUGUUCAACAUAUCCUCAUGGAGCGCUUUGUAUGAUAUCCUACAAAAAUGCACACACAACAGUAGAUAUGACAUUCUACAAAUUGGCGCCCCAUGAAUGACAUUACAUUCCUAACGUAAAGUUAUGUAUUUAACGUAAAGUUACAGAGGUUGGGUUUAGGGAAACAAAGCUUUUGUGGUUAGGUUAAGGAAAAGACAUAUGUUGAAGAUGUACUUUCAAAUGACUCUGAGUUCACCCGGUUCCGAACACUGCGUCACUCUGCAGUUACACCUGGUCACUGGUGGGGUUUCUAUGAAGUUCUGUAAAGUUUAGUUCUUUCAAAACACACCCAAAACAGUUGUUAAACAUGAGUUAAUUUCAAUUACAAGUACACAAAUCAGCUUCACUUUAACUCGCAGCAUUCACAGACAAAACACCUGUGUUUUGCUGGACACAUUUUCCCCCACAAAUACAGCAUGCUAAUGUUAUUAGCACAAGCCUAUGGCAUUUUACAUUGUAUAAAUUAGCCUAGCGACUAGCAGAGGAUUCCUCUACUCAUAUGAAGUCAGGAUAAAUCAUACACAAGACUUAAAAUGCUAAAAGCUCCAUUUCCACAGAGGGAAAUGGUUUUCAGCUUACAAAAAUAAACAGGAUGUCUGUGUCACUGCUCAGUUCAAGGAUGCUUUGACAUCUUAGAGUCUUCUGCAUAACUAAUAUUGCAGGAAAUGGCCAAAGUAUCAUUACUGUCAUGGCAUCCAGGCUUGCUUCUUUUGGGAUUCCAGCAAAAGAGUUGAUCAGCAGUUCAAUUUCAAAUCUAAAAAGCACUAGCAAAGGUUUUUUUUUCCACAGUUCUAUACAGUCCACUCUGUUACUUGUAACUGAGCUGAGUGCUAUGGAGUUUGGAAAGGUUCUGUUAGAUUACAGUGAAUCUGUGUGUCAAUAUGUCUGAUAACAGAGUGACUCUUUAUCUGCAUUGGACUGAAAGUGUGCAUGUUGAAAUCACUCAAGUUUCAAGUCUUUGCAAGCUGAUUCUCAUAGAAAUUAACUGAAACGAACGGUUUGAAGGCGGGAAAUUAAUUUUCAAACUGAUGGGAGAUUUAGAAAAUGAUCAGUAAUAUGGAAAGUUCAAAAGUCUUAUUGAGUGAGGUCACUAAAUUGGAUGCCAGUUCCCCGCAGUUGUCAAAAUUACUUUUAAGGAUUCUGAUCACCUAGAUGGAGAUUUUAACUGACUGUUCACCUUAAUUCUGCCAGUCAUCCAAGCGUCUGGUUAAAAUACAUAUGGUCUUUCUGUUCUGGACUUGUCAUGAACACGAGCUAGCAGUCUGUGGAUACCACAAUGUGUCCAACAUUUUAUUUAUCAGGAUUCAUUUGCCCUUACAAGUUUUGUUGCCGUCGAGAUAAAUGAGACAUCCUACGUGCCUUUACUUUUCACCGAAGCAUCCAUUUCCUCUCUCUGUAUUUAGUCACUUCAUUUGAAGUCUUUGUGAAAUGUUCAAAUGUGCUCUAUGUUGUGUUAAUUUGUUCUUCCGGCACAGCCGACACAUGGGGAACAGAUGAGACAUUCUGCUCUGCUGAGGGUUUUUCCCAAAAGCACUGUGUCCCUUUUAAACAGAGAGAACUAAGAGAAGACUGGUUCUUUUACUUCAGUGGCACAGAGGCAGCGUUUCAGCAGCUGUCAGGAAACAGACACAUCAGACACGCUAAAUGCAGCGAUGGCAAGGAUCGUCCCGUACCUGAAACAUUACAGAUCCACAAAAUGGCCAGCGUUUCCAUCAAAAUAUCUUUGAACGAGAUGCAAAAUUUGCAACCAGCUCUCUCAGAAAAUCGCACUGUGAAAAACAUCCAUCCUCAUAAGUCAUUUAGUCUCAGAUUCAACCUCUUGGAUGUAUAUUUCAUCAGAUGACAGUGCGUCAGUUAAGUAAAAUGUUCACUUAUUCUCAGUUUGCUUGGCUUGUUUCAGGAUUUUUGUAGAAAUUUUUGUGCAGAGCUUCAAAUAAGGCAGACUACAAAUAAAGUUAAGUAAGACUUGUUGCAGUGGCAGGAAAAAGAUUUUGGCUAAUUAACCAAAAAAAUGACAGUAAACCAAUCUUGUACAGGUGAUGCAACCCACUCGCCAGAAAAAAUGUUGCAAUGUGCCAUUGUGUGUUUCUGAAAACCAUGGAUACUUUACAUUUGACUUUAUUAUGUAGUACAUUUAAGGAAACUUUUGUUAUAUUUCAGCAACUAUGUGGUUAGGUUUAGGCAAACAACACAUUUUGGCUUCACACACCCAGUUUUGGAGGCACAAUUCCUGCUGGAGAAGCCAUCAAUGUCUUGGUAAAAUCAACCGCUUUUCCUGGCGCCAUCCCCAGUAGAAAAAAAGGCAGCGAUGACUCUCGAAAGAACAACCAGUUUUGUUGUUUGUUGGUUUUUGGUGGUCUAACAGUGGUGCACGUUGGCAGGUGUCUCGCCUAGGUGCCUCGUAGUUUGCAGAAAUGUACAAUGCCAACAUUUCCAUCUGGCGACUGGGCUGAGCGAUGACUAGGACCUGAGGCAUGUUUUGUUUGCUCAGUAAAAGCCACCAGAAACGUAACAGCAGGAAUAUGGAUAUUUGUUCCAGCUCUCCUUGUAUUUGUUGUUCACAAUGUAGCAUUAUCAGGGAAACAAUAGGGUGCGCCCUCUAACACAUUGAUAGUGAGUUUACUGCAUCCUUUCUUCCCAAAGGCAUCCCGGGAAAGUCUCUGUACAUCCAAAAUCCAAAUUUUCUGUUGCUCCUGAUACAACGGGACACUGUUAGCUUUGAGCCCUGCUUUUUAGCUUGCACAAAAUUGAUGUGACACAACAGAAAAACAUUGGCCACUGCCAUCGGUUGUUCUUGUCUGUGUUGACAUGCAGGAGGUUGUAUCUGUGCCACUGAUCAGAUUUCGUAGCAGAUCUUACAGGGAACGCUGUUUUUGAUUAUGAUAUUUCUGUGCCAGACAGUGGCAGGGAAGUAACAUCCAUGUUCGUCCUCUAUGUUCCUAUUUAAAUCACUGAACACAAGUCAAUCCCCCAGCAACAAAGACUAGCCCACAGCAGAGGGACAGUUCAUCACUACAUGUCAGACUCAUUUAGACUCAAGUGUUUUUGCACAUUUAGUCUAUUCAUCAAAUUUGACCUAAAACUUAGGUUACUGCAAACCAUUUUCAAAGUCAUACCAGAGUUUUAGUUUUUCUUUCCAUGCAGCCACUAAUUUCCACUCAUUCCUAAUGUGGAAAUCAACUUUGCAGUAGAGCUGAAGAGAUAAGUCAAAUAAUUUAUCAACAGAAAAUUCAUCAGCCACUAAUGUGGUGACUGAUUAAUUGAGCAAAAAUGCAAAACAUUUCCUGUGUUUCUGCAUAUCUUUGGGUUUUCAACUUUUGGUUGAAAGAGGCAAGCAAUUCAAAGACAUCAUUUUGGGCUUUAGGACAUUUUAUACACCAAACAAUUAGUAAUAUGAUAAGCGACAGAUUAAUUAUUAAUGAAAUUAUUUUGGUUGCAGCUUUACAUGGCUGUGUAACUGUUGUGCAGUAAAAAUGAGUUGGAACUUACUCCUUCUAUCACCACACAACAGCAAGCUAACCUUAACAAGAAUAAUGUAGAUACAGUCCCGUCAGUAGGGAAAGUGUUGGCAUUGUCGGCAGCAUACAUAACAUUUGCACAGCAGAUAUGUUGAAACUUUACAUUUCAACAACGCUGUUGUUAAUGUGUGGUUAGGUUUAGGCUGAAGAACCACUUGGUUAUGGUUAGGAAAGGAUAAUGUUUUGGUGAAAAAUACCAGCUUUUUGGAGCAGAAUCACAGCUGAAAGGCAGUGAGGCCUUGAUAAAUAACUACCACUUUUUGUGGCACUGUCCUUACUGCUAAAAAAAAAAAAACAUUAAUGUUCUGGGGCUAAGAAGCUGCAGGGAAACAGUGGCAGGCCUCCAAUGACAUGCAAAUAUAACAUAUACAUGGUUUGCAGAAACGCACAAUGCCAACAUUUUUGCCUGGAGCCUGGGCUGGCAGACAUGUUGACUGAUGGAUGAGCUCUGUUCACUUUUACAGAAAUGACUGAAAUCAGUGGCUGCUCGAAGGGAAGUGAAUUCAUCUAAAAACUGAUGGGAUGAUUUGGAAAAUAUAACGUGCAAGUUUGUGAUUUAUAAAUAAUGGACUAAAGCAUCCCAAAAUACUGAGCAGAGAUAGAAUGAUCAUACUCCAAAAAAGAAAAUAAUCCCCUCCCAAAACAUAACAUUACCAAACAGUCAACUUCAUCAUACAGUGUGUAACCAGUUUCAUUCUGUCAAAGUUGUUUUAUGACAGGGAACUAAAAGGGAACUAGAAGGAACUUUUUUUCAUCACAGAUGUUUUUUUUUUUGUUUUGUUUUGUUGUUUUUUUUCAUUAAACUUUAAACAGUGAAUCUCUAACCAAACUUCUUGUCUCCGUCUCGAUACAAAGGCUUCCCUUCCACAGUCUGACCCCGGCCUCUAACAGCCACAUGUUAGGGUUUUUUUCUUGUUGGCUCUACAUGUGUAUUUUACUGUGGAGAAAAGCGUCGCUGCAGCAGAACUACAUUACAGAACGCUGCUUUUUUACAGUGUACAGUUCCACUAGAGUAGUAGUAACUUUUUAUAAUCAAAUUUAAUAUAUUAUUAUUAUUAUUAUUAUUAUUAUUAUUAUUACUUUAUUUUGAGUGCUCUUUAAAAACUAUUAUUUAUAACCAUGUGAUAUUUCUGCCAAUGUAAAUUUAGUUUAGCAAAAACGAAAAAGAGGACUGAAGCGCCGUUCGGAGUUUUGUUUUUUCUUUUCGUUUGUUGCCUUAAAAGGUUUCAGUAUUGUUUAAAAAAUAUUGUAGAAAGAUUAUUUACAUUUCUUAAUGAAACAUUUCAAUGGUUGGUCACUCUGAGGACACACAGUCACCACCACUGUUCUGUUUAUUUUCAGUCUAAAAUACGUAGAUUGAUGGCAUCUAUGCAGUUAUUCUUUCUAACUAUAACCUGUAUAUAAUAACAGACACGUCUCUAGGGUCUGUUCAUUUUUGUAGACUCUUCUUUAAAAUAGAUUUUCAUCACAGCCUACUUUUAGUCAACAAGUUUGUGAAAAGUGAAUUGUAGUUAAAGGACUACAACAUGCAGAGACACGUCAGGAUGGUCCUUCAAACACCUCGUCCUCUAUCUGUAAAGGCUCUUGUCCCUGUGAACUCGUCCUGUGGUGACUGUGUGAAACUCAGAAACACCAACCAGACCUGAUAAGGUGGAAACUGGGGAGGCUUGGCUCCUACAUUUCAAAGGGAAACUCGACUUCAUUAACUUCUUUCUUUGAGAGCUUCACUCCUGUGUGUGGGAACCAUUGAGGAUCAAAAAGGGACAAAUUACACGGUCAAAAAAGACCAAGUGAAGUUGGUCAGGGAUGUGCUGACUUUGAAAGUGGUCUGAUACUGGUGUGAAAUCGACUCUGUCAGCUCGAGCACAGACAGUUUCAGGCCGACGGCUUACAAAAGAGUAAAAGAAAAUAAUGGGGGUAGAAAAAAGUAAAAAAAAAAAAAAGAUUUGGACCUCAUCUCAUCGGGGUGAAAGGGGCCAAAUUAAAACGGCCCUUAUCUCCUCUCACACAGACAAUUACUUCAUUUCCAGAACAUCAUUGUUCGACAGAGGAGCCAGCAGACGGACAUCUCUGAGUAAAUACAGUUUGACUUUGCCCUUUAAAAAAAAGUCCAAUCCUAGAGUCAUUAUAACCAAAUUAGCUUAGUGACUGCAAUAUUUAAGAGUGUACAUUUUGUUCAUUUGAGUGAGGGCGUGAAAAGAUGAUGAUGAUGAUGGGAUGAUGAUGAUGAUGAUGUAUCUCAGAUGAAGUAAAGCGAAGUUUCUAUCCACAAUGUUGUAUACAAUUGCUGGUUUUGUAAUGCACUGUAGAACAGUCCCAUGGUCCUUUUUUAUAGAAAUGUUAUUUCAA